AUGAGUCUUUGGGUUGAUAAGCAUAGACCCACAUCACUGGAAAAUUUAGAUUUUCACAAGAAAGAAGCAGAGACGCUUAAAAAGAUUGUUGCAAGUGGUGAUUUUCCACACUUAUUAUUCUAUGGACCGCCCGGUGCUGGCAAGAAGACUCGGAUUUCUUGCCUACUUCGUGAGCUUUAUGGACCAGGAGUUGAUAAACUUCGUAUUGAGCAUCAUUCUUUCACAACACCUUCAAAGAAAAAGAUCGAUCUUUCCACUGUCUCCAGUAAUUUUCACUUAGAAGUGAAUCCAAGUGAUGUUGGUAUUUAUGACCGUAUUGUUGUUCAAGAGCUUAUUAAGAACAUGGCUUCGACGGCGCAGCUUGAUGUUGCCAAUCAGCGUGAAUUUAAGGUUGUUGUCAUUCAUGAAGUCGAUCGACUAAGUAAAGAUGCCCAGCAUUCCCUCCGUAGAACAAUGGAGAAGUACAUGAAAACUUGCAGGAUUAUUCUUUGUACAGAAUCACUUUCCAAGAUCAUACCUGCAACACGUUCUCGCUGUCUUCCCAUUCGUGUUGCGGCACCAACUGUUAAUGAGAUAGCACAGAUUCUCUGUAAUAUCGCUAAAAUGGAAGGUUUGUCCAUGCCGUUUGAGCUUGCAGAACGCAUAGCUAACGCGUCUGAUAGAAAUCUUCGUCGGAGUGUCCUCUUAGCUGAAGUCGCUCGUGCACAACACUACCCAUUCUCCUGUGAUCAAAGUAUCCCACUUCCGGAUUGGCAGAACUUUAUCGCGGAGACUGCGUCAAGCAUCUUGGGCGAACAAAGUCCAAGAAGAGUUAUGGAAGUUCGAUCAAGGCUUUAUGAGUUGCUUGCUCAUUGUAUACCUCCUGAUGUCAUUUUCAGAGGACUUCUAGAUAACUUGCUAUCUUCGUGCGACAGUACUCUAAAGUAUGAUUUGGUCAACUUGGCUGCUACCCACGAACACCGGAUGCAUCUUGGCCAAAAACCCAUUUUCCACUUGGAAGCAUUUGUUAUCAGUUUUAUGGCUAUUUACAAACGUUUCAUUGAAGACACGUUAGGAGGAAGCGAGUUAUAA